AAUCAACUAUUUACACGUAGCAAGCUGUAUAUCACAUAGCAUAUUAUAUCUUUCCUUCAAAAAUUAUGGAUGGUGUUAAAGAAUAUAUAAUAUCCAAGAGAUUUAGCAUCUUAUCCUACAUAUGUGUGGUCAUCCAUCUUCACUGUGGAGUGAUAUUUACUGCAAUUACAACGUCUCUCAGACUUAGCGAGAUGGAAAGGUUCAAUUGUGCUGUCGACACAAGAUAUGCAACUCACAAAAGUUAUGUCGAGAAAACGUGUUUUUCAAUCUACGAUAACGAGUACAACUCUCCUGUGAAAUUCUCCGCCUUCGUUCCGUUCAAUUUUGGUUCUGUUGUUGUUGUGAGUGUCGUUUAUUCGCUUGCUGUUGGCAAUCGUAUCGAAGAUGCAGUAAGACUCUCAAGUAGAAGUGAUGAACCUCAAACAGUCGCGAGAGGAAACAAUGAACAAGGUAGAAAAACCUUUUAUGUUUUCAAUUUCUAUAUGUUCCACCUUGUGGCUCGUUCAAUGCUCUGUAUCUUAUUCACAAUCCUUCAGUAUACGGUAUUAUAUCCGAGUGGUUAUGAUUCUCAAUUCAGUUGUGUUUAUCGCGAAUUGAGAUCAGUCGAUCCCAACAUGACUCCAGCAAAUAAUGGAAGUGCCAACCUAUCUAGUGUAGAAUGUACGAACUCGGCUGCCAAAGAUAAACAGUUUUGGUUGACAAUUGUGUCUGUUUGUAAUGGCAUUUUUGCUGUAAUUGCAUUAGCAGAAAUUGUUUAUCUACUGAAGAAGCGAUUUUUCCGUCUCACCCCUCAAUCUUCUACAUGGUCAUGUGAUUUGCAAUUUAUUAAUGAACAUUUUCUUCGAAAGCGAUACGUAGCCAACAGUUGUGACAUUUACAAGCAAAAGGUCAUGAAGUUUUUUCUUACGCCAGACAUAAAUUACGGUUUAAAUAAUACAAGCUUAGAUAUGAUGUUUAUCGAUGUUGUUAUCCACUCGGGGCAAGCACCACUUAAAUUUUCAAAAGAUUUGACUAGGCAUGAAAUCUAUGAUGUUUAUAUGAAAGUUCCUGAAAAGUCGAUACAUCUGAAACAGAUUAAAGAUCUGUUUUAUGCAAACAAAGAUACUAACUAUAAUGUCCCUUCCACCAUCUUGGUAAUUGGGCGUCCUGGGAUCGGAAAAACUGUUUUGACCAGGAAAAUUAUGUCCGAUUGGGCAAAAGGUGAUGAUAAAAUUUAUCACAAUAGGAUCGCUUUCUACUUUAAAUUUCGAGAAUUCAUUUUCAAAGAGAUGCAAUACUUAACAAUUAAAAAAUUUCUACAGUUUGGAACCGAACUAAAUGAAGAUGAGUUUGAAGGUCUUUUUGAAAAAAUUUGGAAAAAUCCACAAAAUGCUAUUUUCAUUUUUGAUGGCUUGGAUGAAUUUGGCGCCGAUGUAAAAAACAUUCAGUAUGUCCUAGCUCAGUCGAAGAAGUAUUCUAGCAAUGAUGUUUCUUGCCAAAUGUCAGCAAUGUCUCUUUUUGUCAAAAUCUUGUCGGGCGAAAUGUUACCAGGAGCAACAGUUUUGGUGACCAGCAGGCCAAUUGUAAAUGAUGUUUUGUGCAAACUUCAUUUUGGAAGAACUGUUGAGAUCAUCGGCUUCACAUCUGAUAAAAUAGAGCAGUAUGUAAAACAGUUCUGUGCUAAUCAUAACAAGUGUGAUCUAGAAGCAACAAUGCUGAGUCAUAUCAAAUCAUCAUCUGAAGUAAAGAAUUUAUGCUACAUUCCAGUGAAUUGUUUUAUUGUUUGCGUUGCUCUGUUCGAAUGUCUUAUUGAUUCAGAUGGUGAUAUUGGUUCUCUACCAACUACUUUGACUAAACUGUACGAGUUGGCCUUAGUCUACUUCAAUAAGUAUCAUGAUCGAAAUGAAAACCAAGAAGAAGUUCUAAAAAUACUGCGAGAGUUGGCUUUUAACGGUAUGGAAAAAGACAAACUGAUUUUCAAUGUUGACGAGAAAAUAAAGGGAUCAGGAUUGUUAAACUCGUUACCUAAGCCAAGUUUUCAAAUUCAAGAACAAGGUUGCUUUAUUCAUUUAACUUUCCAAGAAUUUCUCGCGGCGAAGCAUAUUGUGGAAACAAAUACCCCCGAACAAGUGAAAGAAUUCAUAUCUUCUCAUAUCAAACAUGGCAAAUGGCAUCUGGUGCUUCAGUUUCUUGCUGGAUUGUUGCGAGAGAAAAUGGAGACAUCUCAUGAAUACAGAAGCUGUGUGUUGAUGUUUAAAGAACAUUUUACUUGCGAAAUUAGUAAUGAAGAAACGGUUUGUUUCCUCGAUCUUUAUCAAAUACUUGUGAUGAAAUGUUUAAGAGAAACACAGAAUGAAAAUAUUGCCAGAGAAAUUGUUGCGACCUCUAUUCUAAAAGAUGUGACGGAGAUCUCAUGUCCCUACCAUAAAGCAUCAUUGCUUUCUCCAAGCGAUAUAACGGCAGUUGUGUUUCUUUGCAAGCAUAUGAAGAUUUUAAAUAGUUUAGAUGUGAAGUAUUUAUCCAGUUUGGAUUGUUCGUUGGAACUGUUGAAAUUACUCCAAGGAAGAUGCAUGAAAUCACUCAACAUCGUUGGUUGUCAUCUUGGUGACUCGGGUCUAGAGCAUCUUGGUGCAUUAUUGAAAUCUGGUUGUCUGGUGAAUCAUGAGUAUUCCAAGCUCACCAUGUUGAAUCUUGGACGAAACACUAUUACUGCUGCUGGUAUGGCUGGUGUUUUAGAUAAUCAGGUUUAUAAUCAGUUGACAGAUCUUGACCUUAGCUACAAUCCUAUUCGUGAUGAAGGUGUUCGUAUUCUAUCUAUCUCAAUGCAAGAAAGGCGCUUGAAUCUUGAAACCUUAAAUCUUGCCUCCUGUUCUCUGACUAGUGAGAGCGUACCUUGGCUCGUGAAAUUUCUUAGAAAUGAACAUUGUGGACUAAGAACCUUGAAGCUCAGUAGCAAUGAUAUAAAAAAUGAAGGUUUAUUUGCCUUGUGCAAUGUUCUUGGAAAUGAAAUAUGCAACCUAACUGAGUUGACUCUUUCCAGCUGUUCACUAACUGAAAAAUGCAUGUCUACGUUGUGCCGCGCUCUUGAUGAAGAACAUUGUCGAUUAAAAACAUUAAACCUUAGUAGCAAUGAUAUUAAGGAUGAAGGUUUAGACAUCUUGUGCAAAGUUAUUGGAAAGGAAACAUGUAAUCUGACAGAGUUGCAUCUUUCCGGCUGUUUUUUAACGAUUAACUGUAUGUCCACGUUGAUCCGCGCUCUUGAUGAAGAACAUUGCACGCUAGAAGUAUUGAACCUUGGAUUCAACGAUUUAGGUGAUGAAAGUGUGCGUGAAUUGUGCGAUGUUCUUCAGACAAGAACAUCUCAUCUUACCCGGCUGACGAUUUCCGGUUGUUCUUUAACAGACGAAUGCAUUCCGAUCUUAUGCAAAGCUCUCGGAGAUGACCGAUGUAAGCUCACUCAUUUGGAUGUAAGUUACAAUGGAUUCAAGGAUAAACAUUUACGAUUACUUGCGAGCACUCUUGGACUUCGAAGUUGUUGUCUUCGUCGUUUGAAUAUUGGGAGAAAUAAGAUCACCGAAGAAGGUGUGAAGUUGCUUAAAGAGACCUUAGGAACACGUUUAGACAUCGUGGUUUAAUGUUAAGCAGGGAUGCACCAGUAUCUCUAUGGAGCCCCUCAAUUCCAUCUUCCACAAGUCCAUCAAACAGUGCACCCCACCCUUUCGAUCUCGAAUACGAUCCUGGAAGCGCACCAGGUCUUGCACAACUUCAGACUAAGACAGCCCGUGAUCCUGUUCUCCACAGUUCACAUUAACCGGUUGGCAGCAGCAACAACAGCAAAUUCCACCAGGGGUAAGAAGAAGAUCACCAAAGAUUUCUCCUAAAAGGCUAACGCAUCAUCAUUCCUACCUCAUUACGCCCUACAAGAAAGAAACAAUCCACCGGAGUCACAACGAAAGGCCAGAUGCCAAAUCCGUGCUCAACAACCUAUAUAUUGGCCAGGCAUAAAUCCGAAUCCACGACUUGGUCUCCCGCUGAUCGCAAUGCCUGACGCAAUCAGCAAAUAAAGACACUCAUUCAACACAAUGUACCCAAAGAACCCUGGACGAAAAUAGCAUCAGACGUGUUUAUUCUGCACAGACAUAACUAUGUUAUCAUCACUGACUACACCUCAGAAUACAUCGAGACCUGCAAGAUAUCGCCGAACAAGAAUCACUAACGUUUAGUAAACUUUCUUUGGUGUGGAGAAGUUAUGUUAUUCUGAACACAUCUUCGUCGUCUAUGUGUUAUAGUCGUCUUGUAAUAUAAUGUAUGUAUUUUAUGGUUAG